GGCAGGAGCUAUGGAGGAGGACGACGAUGACGACGAAUGGGACAGGGAUUUAGCUAUGCUUGACGUGAUCAACGAAGCAAGUACGAGGCUUGAGUUUUCUGAUGCUCAACCCAACAAGGAUCCGUUUGAGCAGGUUCUUAAAGGGCUGGAAGCCAGAGAUAAAAAAUUCAAGGAUCUUGAAGAGUCACUUCACGAAGAGUCGAAUGUGAAUUUAUUCGACAUAGGAAGCUAUGCGUGCUCCAAGGGGGAUGACGGCAGCCGUGUCUUGGAGAGAGCGAAAGCUUUGCUUGACACAUGCGAAAGACGGACGAAGUAUUCUGUAAAGUUUUCCGAGAAUGAGGGGAAGGAUUUGACGGAUGAAAUGCUUCUCGACGACCCCGUAUUUUCUCUAGCACAGCAACGUAGAAGUUUGGUGCAAGAAUUCAAGAUCAACGACCUCGAAAGGCGCAUUGGAAAGGAAGCUUGCAGGCAGCAAAAGAACGAAGAUGUGACCAGGGAGCUGGCUUUCAUCGAAGAACACAAAAUAACACUCCAGAAAGAAAUGGAGAUUGAGCAGCGAAAAAAACUGGAAGAGAUUGGAAAAGAAGGAGAAAUGGCGUUGAAGUUGAUUGAGGAACUUUCUGAAGCCGAACACAAGAAUCUACUUGAUCUUGUUCAUACUACCCAUCCGGAUGGAAGAGUCUGGCGAAAAUUUUUACAUGGCUAUCAAGGUUUUUCGAAAGCCGUUGAAGAAGCGAUGAUCAGUUGUGAGACUGAAGAGACAUUAAAGGUAGAUGAAAGCAAGACUACAGCUCUUGGGGAAGAAAAAAUGCUUAAGGAAUCCAGAAAGAUGGAACUUACCAGGGAGGAGGUGAAAACACUAAAAGUUGAACCGACAAUCUCUGAGGAUCUUGCGCUUGCUUGCUUGCCUGAGAGCAUAGACGACUAUUUUUCACGGGCUUCUCGAGACGACUUAUGCAGCAUCUUCCAGGAUUGCAUAAGAAACAUAGAAAGGUUCGGGAUUGGCUCGGUGGUCUCUCAGUUUCCUGCCGGCUUACAGAAAGUAGUGGAAAACAUGCAUCGGGUUUUAGUAUGUGAAGUAAACAGCGGUUACGACGUUGGCAAACUUCUAUCACAAAAGCUUGGCCCGAGCUGCGAGAAUCUUGCAACCAAGGAACAGAGAGCUGCUAUUGUGCAGAAGAGAGUUUCUCGGCUAAUAGGAAAGGUUCUUAAGCUUUCCGUCAGUAUGGCUGGAAGCAGCGUCCCACUUACUCACAAAUGGAAAGGCUUGGGGAAGGAAGCAAAACAGGUUGGAGCGCAGCUAGCCUUGGUUCAUCAUGCUCGACAAAGCGUGCUGGAAAACCAGGGAGCAACGUCGAUCAUUAUAAACGGCAAAGUAGUGGCAGCUUUCAAGCUAGAUCUUCGGGGCCGUGUGCUUGAAAACUUGGGUGGCAACUCGAAAAUGAUCGAAGGCUCGCUCAGGCUAAAUGAGGAAGUCCAACUCGAUCAAGUGAGAAAAAGCUGGGAGACGUUUGAGACGAAAAAGAGUUGCUGCUUAGAACAGGUCGACGAGGAAGCUAGUUCUGAAGAGAAGCUUCUACUUGUCCCGAGUCACAAGGAUAUAGUUGGCUCCGAGAUUGAUGGUAGUUCUCAAGAUGAAACUGACACGCCGUGCGGUGGUCAAGGAAAUGGAACUCAAAGGUUGCAUGAGGCCGCUGAAAGACCAUCUUGUACGCAGGCAGCCGAGUAUCAAGAAGCAGAAACUCGAGACAAGUUGCUUAAAGACUCAGAAUCUCGAAGAUCACAAGAUGGAGCUGGAACAUCAUCUUUAACGCAUGCAGCCAAAAAUCAAGAAAUUUCACUGGACAGCUCUAGCAAUAGCGCAGCCGAGCAUCAAGAGCUAGACACUGGACGGACUGCUAUAACUUCAUCUCAUGUCGAGCAUCGAGAAGAGGAAACUCUAAGUCUUGGCACUCACGUAAACAACGCAGAAGAGGUUGAGACUUACUCGGAACAAGGAUGGGAGGAAGAUGAAGUGGAAUCUUGGGAAGAACAGCUCCUUGACCCCGAAGAAACAGACUUGUACUCUGAAGAAGAAUGGGAGGAAGAAGCGGAGAGCUGUUCUCUUGUCACUGGCCGUAAUAUCUGGAUAGACAACUUCAAACUACAGGCUGCAAAGAUCCAAGCGCUUGUGAGAGGCCAUAUCUGCAGAAAGCAGUAUCGUCAGCUCCGGGAGAACAAAAAACAUGAAUCAGUAUGCCGGCUACAAGCACUGUGGAGAGGCUCGAGAGUUCGACGUCUUCAACUUUUGCCGGGACUUAGAACCUUGAAGAGUGUACAGCGUGAGUCCGCGACAAAGGUACAGGCGCUGUGGAGGGGCUACGACGUCAGGAUCCGGUUCAACAAAGCUCUUGCAAAGAUCAAGUACGUUGACGACGACGACAUCGAUUACGAAUGCAUCGACUGCAUUCUCUUUGCCAUGGAGGACACUCGCACUUAUGAUCAGGAUGAGGCAAACUUAGUAUCGUAUCCCGCUAAAGAGGAACAGGAGAAAAAGUCACAGGUCUGGGAAGCGAAUGCGAAGACUCCCGUUUGUGCAGCAGCCCCUGCAGCUAUGGUGAUAGAUCUAGACUUUGAAAGCUCAGGAACAACACCAAUCGACGCGGAAGAACUUACUCCAGUACAUCAAACAACGCCAACAUUCUCGGACAGCGUAGAGGACCAGGUUGCUAUUCCUCCACAGCAACACGAAAACCACCAAGAUCACCCUCCAGCUUGCAAUGCUACUGAGACGGAGCAGCAGAAGAAAAAGGACUACAUGUCUGAGAUAGCAAAAGACUGGGGCUUCAAGAACGAGAAAACCGUGAAGCUAUUCAUGAAAGCUUGCAGCAAGAAGAGACCCUCGAAAGACGAGGCAGCCAACAACCAGCUUCUCCGAGACAAGCGGAGAAGCAAGAAGAGAUUCGAAGUCCCCCGGUGAAAAAAAUUCCUCAAGGGUUCUUGACGAGGAGAGAAUGUCACCGAGGUCCAAAUGGAAGGGUCCGUUCGUGGACGAGGCAGUCAAGGCCAUCGUGGACGGAGC